ACCCUAGCCUUACCCCUCGAGUUUACAGCUUAAAGAGAAUCGAAUGCUCAAGUGCGCUUUCGCCGUGAUCGGGAUCAUGAGCACGCUCGUCAUCUAUGGCGUUCUACAGGAAAAGAUCAUGAGAGUUCCCUAUGGCCCAAACAAAGAAUAUUUUAGAUACUCGCUAUUUCUUGUCUUUUGUAACCGUAUUACUACAUCGACAGUAUCUGCAGGGGUGUUACUGGCAAGUAAGAAAUCUCUGGAUCCAGUUGCUCCAAUUUACAAGUACUGUUUAAUAUCGAUUUCCAACAUAUUAACCACAACGUGCCAGUAUGAGGCCCUCAAGUAUGUUAGUUUCCCUGUUCAAACACUUGCAAAAUGUGCGAAAAUGAUACCUGUGAUGGUUUGGGGUACGGUAAUAAUGCAGAAGAGGUAUAAUGGGAAAGACUAUUUAUUCGCUGUUCUCGUGACAGCGGGCUGUUCAUUAUUCAUUCUGUAUCCGGCGUCAGAGGAUGUUAGUCCAUAUAAUAAAGGAAGAGAAAGCACUGUUUGGGGAGUAUUACUUAUGCUUGGAUAUCUAGGAUUCGAUGGCUUUACGAGCACAUUCCAAGACAAACUUUUCAAGGGUUAUGACAUGGAAAUACACAACCAGAUAUUCUACACGACUAUAUGUUCCUGUCUUCUCAGUUUAAGCGGGCUUAUCCUGCAGAACCAUCUUCUUCCAGCAGUUGAUUUUAUGUUUCGACAUCGAGAUUGCUUCUUCGAUGUUGCGCUUCUCUCUACUGUAGCAACGGCUAGCCAGUUCUUCAUAUCGUACACCAUUAGAACAUUUGGGGCCCUCACAUUUGCGACCAUAAUGACAACGAGACAAUUGGUGAGCAUAAUGCUCUCUUGUGUAUGGUUUGCGCAUCCCUUUAGUUGGGAACAGUGGAUUGGAUCUGCAAUUGUUUUUGGUGCUCUUUACACCAAAAGCUUCCUGAGAAACAAACCACAAAAACCAACUCCCUCCCAUGGUUUGGAUGCAAACACAGCAAACGACAGAUUAUAGCAUUUCGGAAUUUCAUAGUCUUUUAUACCCAGGUAAUUUCAUCAUUUACCUGAGCAAUAAUUUAUGGAAAACUAUAGGGCUGCUGACUUAGGGGACCUUUUUUUUUUCUUUUUUCGAUCAUUGAUGAAGAAGGAAAAGCAAAAUAUAGAGGUACAAGGAAAAAUUGAGGAUGCUAAUAGGAGAAAAGGAAAAAUAUUGUAUGUUGUUUCUUGUAGGAGAAGAAUUUGAGUAAUAGUUGAAUAUCAGUUUUGAGGGUUCUUUUUC